UGAACGAUUUCCAACUAUUUGCAAGCCUUCUGCCUGUCAUUCUCACGCUUCUCCUUUCUCUCCGCCUUCAGCCUUCCCUUUGCCACUCCAUUUUAUCCAUCAAACCUCUCCACUUGCAUCCACAUCCUCCCUCCAUCCUCCCUCCAUCCUCCCCUCCCAGUAUACCUUGCUCAUGGAUUCUGGGCCUCUGUGGGAUGCCAACCCCACUCCCUGGGGCACCCUCUCUGCCCCCAAUGCCACAACACCCUGGUUGGGCCGGGAUGAGGAGCUGGCCAAGGUGGAGAUCGGAGUCCUGGCCACUGUCCUGGUGCUGGCCACUGGGGGCAACCUGGCUGUGCUGCUGACCCUGGGCCAGCUGGGCCACAAGCGCUCCCGCAUGCACCUGUUCGUGCUGCACCUAGCCCUGACAGACCUGGCUGUGGCGCUCUUCCAGGUGCUGCCCCAGCUGCUGUGGGACAUCACCUACCGUUUCCAGGGCCCUGACCUCCUGUGCAGGACCGUCAAGUACCUGCAGGUGCUCAGCAUGUUCGCCUCCACCUACAUGCUGCUGGCCAUGACGCUGGACCGCUACCUGGCUGUCUGUCACCCCCUGCGCAGCCUCCAGCAGCCCGGCCAGUCCACCUACCUGCUCAUCGCUGCUCCCUGGCUGCUGGCCGCCAUCCUCAGCCUUCCUCAAGUCUUCAUUUUUUCCCUGCGGGAGGUGAUCCAGGGCUCAGGGGUACUGGACUGCUGGGCAGACUUCCGCUUCCCUUGGGGGCCACGGGCCUACCUCACCUGGACCACCCUGGCUAUCUUUGUCCUGCCGGUGACCAUGCUCACAGCCUGCUACAGCCUCAUCUGCCAUGAGAUCUGUAAAAACUUAAAAGUCAAGACACAGGCCUGGCGGGUGGGAGGAGGGGGCUGGAGGACUUGGGACAGGCCCUCACCUUCUGCCUCAGCUGCCACCACUCAGGGGCUGCCAUCUCGGGUCAGCAGCAUCAACACCAUCUCACGGGCCAAGAUCCGAACUGUGAAGAUGACCUUUGUCAUCGUGCUGGCCUACAUCGCUUGCUGGGCUCCCUUCUUCAGUGUCCAGAUGUGGUCCGUGUGGGACGAGAAUGCCCCUGAUGAAGAUUCCACCAAUGUGGCUUUCACCAUCUCCAUGCUUCUGGGAAGCCUCAACAGCUGCUGCAACCCCUGGAUCUACAUGGGCUUCAACAGCCACCUGCUACCGCGGCCCCUGCGUCACCUUGCCUGCUGUGGGGGUCGCCAGCCCAGGAUGUGCCGGCGGCUCUCUGAUGGCAGCCUCUCGAGCCGCCACACCACGCUGCUGACCCACUCCAGCUGCCCGGCCACCCUCAGCCUUAGCCUCAGCCUAACCCUCAGCGGGAGGCCCAGACCUGAAGAGUCACCAAGGGACCUGGAGCCGGUGGAUGGGGAAGCCACCGAGGAGACCAUCAUCUUUUAGGAAAGACUCGCUGGGGUCUGGCACUGCCCCCAGGACUAGUGGAGGUUCUCUGCCAACCUCGGGCACUGGUCAUGAGAGCUGGGACGGUGAGGGUUGGAGUUAGAGGAACCCUGUCUGAAGCGGGGUGAAAAGGCCAGAGUGGGCUCCCUAUCCUGGUGUCACAGCUGCCCCGAGAGUGAGGGCUGCCUCAUGAGCUCCCAAUCUCAGACGCUGGCAGUCAGGGAGAAUCAAACUGCCAGUCUCCCUGGUCCUGCCAUAUUCACAGGGUGUCCAUGCACACAUGGUGUCCCAGAUCUAGGCAGGCCUAGGAUGGUGCCGUCUAGGGAUCCACAGGGGGCAGGAACCCAGAGGUUGGCCUUGUGCCCUGGCUACCUGUCUCCAUUCUAACCUGACUGGCACAUCUCAGCCUAACCAGGAGAGGGGAGAAGUGAAAAACUGGGAGGAGGACUCUAUUUGGAUCUCGGAUUUUUUUUUUUUUUUUUUUUUUUUUUUUUGGUAGAGAGAA